CAGACACGCACCAGCUCGCUCGGCCGCUCGCUUGCUCCGACAGUGGCGUUUCCUGUGCGCCCUGAGCCUGCUCGCAAGGCCAAGCCAAAGCAACCCCAAAAGGCGCACGAAAGGCUUAGAAGCAGCCCGGGUCGCGCAUAUGGCAUGGCCAGCUAUCCCGUCGACCUGCUGCUGCUGCUUGCUGCUUGCUGGCUGCUGGCUGCACGCACGCUCGCGCUCGUGCGAAACGAAACGCAACGAAAAGGAAAGAAAAGAAAAGAAAAAGGAAAGGAAGAGCCCCGGAACUGCUGUGCCGGCCCAAACACUCCCCGCUGCCGGCGUCGUCUUGUCGUCGUCGUCGUCGUUGUUGUUGUUGUUGUUGUUGAUAUUGACGUCGUUAUUUAUUCAUUUAUUUAUUUUUUUUUUUUUUUUUGAACACCUGGACGCGAAUAGCGACAUCGAACGCAAAAGCAAAAGCGAAAUCACAUUAUUGUCGUCAUUAUGGAGGCGUUUGAUGGGCAGGAGCGCUACAUCACCGGCGUGUCCAUCUCGCUGGCGUCGUUUGCGACGGCGCUGGUCGCGACGCGCAUUGCGUCGAUCUAUCACCGGCGCGGGUGGCUGGGGCGCGAGGAGGUCAUGGUGAUGCUGUCGAAUGUACGUCUGCUGUUUCCCUGCGUUUAUUUUUAUUUUUUAUUUAUUUAUUUUUUUUUUUUUUUUGUGGUUGUUGCGCGGAACUGGUUAAACUCCUAAACUACUACCUACCUACCUUCGCCAGUGCCCCGGCGGGGGGGAGAAACACUGACACUGACGUGUGCCAGACGUUUUUGAUCGUCAUCACGGUCAUUUCCUGCUUGGCGGUGCAGAACGGGUUCGGCCUGCGAGGAAAGGACAUUGCGGCCGCGGGCGGGGACAAGCAGAAGGCUUUGCUGUACUUCUACCUCUUCCAA